AAAUUCACACAAAAUCUUUGUUUUUCCCUAAAAGGGUUACUUCUAUAUGCAAUUUUAUCAAUACCUAGAAGAAAUUCUUGUUCUACACAUCCAAGAUUUGCUCUGUAGGGUUAUCGCAGUGGUAUCCUUUGGAUUUUUUCGGUUUUCAUUGACCCCAUAUCAGCAAAAGUUAUAAUAGGGUUGGUGAUUUUUUGUUGUUGAAAGUUAUGGUGUCUUCGAUGUUUUGCUAUGAAUCCAGUGAAACAGAGAUGGAUUAUCCUCCGUUUUACUCACGAAAGAGAUUAAAGUCUUUAGAUUUGAUGGGAAUGGAUGUAACUUCAAUGGAUACUAUUGAGGAUGAAAAACAUGAUGAUGUAGUGUCUACAAUGGAGUUAACUGUUGGUUGCUUGCAAAAUUUUGGUUCACCAUUGUGUGUUGAGAUGAGUUGCCAGUCUAAUGGAGAGAGUGAGAACGUUUCAACGUCUCGUGAUGUCGGUGGCAGUUCAACGAUUGACAAGAGUAGCGUGGUGUAUCCACAAGGUGUACUUGCAACUGGAUGGAUGUAUGUCAAUGAACAGGGUCAAAUGUGUGGUCCUUACAUAAAGGAACAGUUAUAUGAGGGUCUGUCUACUGGUUUUUUGCCGGAAGAACUUCACGUUUAUCCCGUCUUAAACGGGACCAUUUCGAAUGCAGUGCCCUUAAAGUAUUUCAAUCAAUUUCCUGACCAUGUUGCGACCGGCUUUGCUUAUGUAAUGGUUUCGUCCUCUGGUGCAAGUGGACCGACGGAUAAGUCCAUGGGAGUUGCCAAAGAUUCAGGAGGAAAUGGAGUGGAGUUGCCAACAACAUCCCCCUAUUCUAACUCGGUGGCUGAACAUGGAACUCAUUACUCGAACCAACAGAUGGUGACCGCUGGCUCUGCCGGAACAUUUGCUCCGUCUACCUCUUCGGUCAACGAAGAAUCGUGUUGGUUCUUUGAAGAUCAUGAAGGGACGAAACAUGGGCCGCACUCUCUUAUGGAGCUUUAUUCAUGGUGUCAUUAUGGAUACAUUGUGGAUUCAGUGAUGAUACAUCAUGUUGCUGAUAAGUAUAGACCCUUUAGUUUGAAAUCUUUGAUUAGUAGUUGGACUACGGCUACCCCUGGAGCUCUCUUUUUGUCUAAUCCCGAUGGGCAUGAGACUGCAUCUUUACAAGAUUUUGUAUCCGAAAUUUCUCAAGAAGUAUGCUCCCAGCUACAUAUGGUUAUUAUGAAAGCAGCCCGUAGGACUCUACUUGAUGAGAUUGUUAGCCAUGCAAUUUCAGAGUGCAUCUCUGAAAAGAAAGAUCUCAAGAAAGCCACUAAUCAAAAGAAAGUCACUAAUCAGUCUGUCAAGAUGUCAUCUCCUGGUACCAGAAUGUCUGCAGGUUUUGGUGGCAGUAAGGCCUUAAUUGAUCCUGAGAGGAGUGCAGAAGCUCCUAAUCUUCUUAACCGGAAAUCUCCUGCUGCUGAAAUCCCUUUGAAGUCUUCAGGAAGCUCAAAAUCUGUUGGAAGCUUUGAGAACUAUUGUGAUUCUUAUACAGUUGUUUGCAGGAAAUUAUUUGACUCUUGCAUGCAAAAUAUCUGGAAUGCUGUCUUCUAUGACCAUGUUUCAGAGUAUUCAUCUGCGUGGAGGAAGAGAAAACGAUGGUCACCUCCUUGUCUGAUGGUUGAAUCGAACAUUCCAGCAAUAUCAUAUGCUAAUUGCACCACAAAGCUUUCUACUGAAGUUUUGCAAGUGGAGGAAGAAUCCUUUCCCCCAGGGUUUGAGAAAAAGAAUGUGACAGUGGAUUUGCCUUCAGUUUCGUCAUCAAAAGAUUGCACCGUGGAGCUUUCUACUGAAGUUCUGCAUGUGGAGGAAGAAUCUUUUGGCUGUGAUCCUGAUUUUCCCCCAGGGUUUGAGGAGAAGAGUAUGACAGCAGAUAUUCCUUCAGUUUCGUCAUCAAAAGAUCGCACCGCGGAGCUCUCUACUGAAGUUUUGCAAGUGGAGCAAGAAUCUUUUGGCUGUGAUCUUGAUUUCCCCCCAGGGUUUGAGGAGAAGAACUUGACAGCGGAUUUGCCUUCAGUUUUGUCAUCAAAAGAUUGCACCGUGGAGCUCUCUACUGAAGUUUUGCAAGUGGAGCAAGAAUCUUUCGGCUGUGAUCUUGAUUUCCCUCCAGGGUUUGAGGAGAAGAAUAUGACAGUGGAUUUGCCUUCAGUUUCAUCACCUUUUAAUGAUGAAAAGGUGUUGUCGAGAUCCAGUCAUGCAACGGACCCUGAAGCUGAUGAUUGUAUGCAACCUAUCCUUGAGAGUGUAUUUGAUGAACUCCACUUGUCUGCAAAGAUGUCCUUGGAAGAUUAUUUCACUAGCCUUUUGCAUGAAGAGGUGAUGGGAAAAGUUGAUUCGCUUAAAGAUGGCGUGAUAAUCAAGGUUGCUGAGGACCCAAAGAUUUUUAAUGGCGGUGCAAGUCAAAAUGACUCUUCUGAGGCCAUUUUGGUGUCAGAAAAUUUAACUCAUGUUGAUAUUCAGAAUACUUCCUCGCGCAAAAAAUCAUUGCACCAGAACUCUCUUGAUCCAUAUGUGAUUCCUGUGUCAGAUUGGUUUUCAAGGGCAUUUCAGAAGUCUGCUGGUUUAGACAAUGCCUCCAGUAAUGAAAUGACUGAUGAGCUGCAACCACCUGAAUGCGAAGCUGUUCCUGUACAAACUUCUAAAGUUCGACUUGCUACGUCUGAUGAUUCUAUUUUGAGAAUAAUAUGGUAUGCGACCCUGUCAAAUUGCCGGCAGAGGGUACAUGAGAAAGCACUGAGAGAGUUGAAAAGUUUUCUUGUUGAUGAUAUAAUUAGAAACUUUUUGACAACUUCGUCUUCUGCGAGGAGAUGUAGUAAAUCAGAGGAUUCUCCGGUUACAAGAAGCAAAGCGGGUGAUGAGACACGUGAUAAAUCUCCAGAUGCAUUAAGCAAAAGUGGGGAUGGUUUUCCUAAGGUACCUACAGCAGUGGGGAAAUAUACAUAUUACAGAAAGAAAAAGAUGGUUAAAAGAAAGUCAGGCUCUUCAUCGCAGCCUCUCCCUGGUGGAGACAUUGGCUAUGAAAAGAGUUCUCUAAACAAGUCAAAGAAAAAAGAUCUCUCGGGAGAGGCAACAGAGAACACUAAAGGUGACAGUGCAACUUCAAGUGAGAAGGAAAUUGGGCAGAAAGAUUGUCGCAGAGAGUUGUUCACUAAUGCCUCUUUAGUUGUUCCUCCAUCAUCGGUUAUUAGUUGUAACACUAGCUCGGAGAAAGUUGCUUCUGUCUCCAAAGCGGGGAAAAGUAAUGCAAGCCGCAAAAAACUGAAGACCAUUUUUGUUGCUGAGGUCUGCAGUGAUAAUGGAAAGGUUGAUGGAGACGUUGUCUUCAGAAAGAGAUCUAUUAGCAAGAAGUCAAGGAAACAAGAUCUCUUGGGGGAGGCAACGGGGAGCACUAAAGUUGACAAUGCAGAUUUAAAUGGCAUUGCAAUUGGGCCGAAAGAUUGUCUCAGAGAGUUGUUCGCUAAUGCUUCUUUAGUUGUUCCUCCAUCAUCUGUUACUAAUUGUAACACUAUCUCAGAGAAAAUUGCAUCUGUUUCCAAAGCGAGGGGAAGUAGUGCAAGCCGCAAAAAACUGAAGGAUGCUUUUGUCGCUGAGGUCUCCAGUGAUAAUGGGAAGGUUGGUGAAGAUGUUGGCUUCAAAAAGAGAUCUAUUGACAAGUCAAGGAAACAAGAUCUCUUGGGGGAGGCAACAGAAAGCACUAAAGGUGACAAUGCAGCUUUAAAUGUUAAGGAAAUUGGGCUGAAAGAUUGUCGCAGAGAGUUGUUAACUAAUGUGUCUUUAAUUGUUCCUCCAUCAUCUGUUAUUAAUUCUGACAUUAUCUCAGAGAAAGUCGCAUCUGUUUCCCAAGCGAGAAGAAGAAAUGCAAGCCGCAAAAAACUGAAGGCUGCUAAUGUCACUGAGGUCUCCAGUGAUAAUGGGAUGGUUGAUGGAAACAUUGGCUUCAAAAAAAGAACUAUUAACAAGUCAACGAAGCAAGAUCACUUAGGGGAGGAAACAGAGAUCAAUAAAGGUGACAAUGCAGCUUUAUGUGUUGAGGAAAUUGGGCUGAAAGAUUGUCACAAAGAGUUAUUCACUAAUGCGUCUUUAGUUGUUCCUCCAUCAUCGGUUAUUAAUUUUAACACCAUCUCAGAGAAAGUUGCAUCUGUUUCCCGAGGGAGAAGUAAUACAGGCCACAGUAAACUGAAGGCUACUUUAGUUGCUGCGGACUCCAGUGGUGAUGGAAAGGUGGCUGAGGUUGCAAACAGGGAAUUGGGCACUCAAGAAAUGCAACCACCCUCUUGUUCGAAGAAGACUCCUAAAUCAGCAGCCAAAUUACCGGAUUUGAAAAAGAGAAAACUAGAGGAUAAUCUGACAGCAUCUCGUUCAAGAAAAUUUCAGAGACAAUCAAGUGGUGUUGGCAACCAAGCUGCAACAAAGGUGGCUACUCCAGAGAAGAACCAGAAGGGUAAAUCCCGGAUAGCAAAACAUUGUUCACAAUCAGUUGGCUGUGCUCGAACUUCGAUCAAUGGUUGGGAGUGGCGUAAAUGGUCGUUGAGGGCAAGUCCUGCCGAAAGGGCUCGUGUUAGGGGAACUAAGGUUGUUCAUAUACAAUCUGUUAGUUCAGAUGCUAAUGGUUCUCAAAUGUUAAAUGUUAAGGGACUUUCUGCAAGAACAAAUAGGGUUAAGUUGCGCAACCUCCUUGCUGCUGCCGAGGGUGCUGACCUCUUGAAAGCUACUCAAUUGAAGGCUAGGAAGAAGCGCCUUCGCUUCCAACAAAGUAAGAUACAUGACUGGGGUCUUGUUGCCCUUGAGCCUAUUGAUGCUGAAGACUUUGUCAUUGAAUAUGUUGGAGAGCUUAUACGUCGUCGUGUAUCUGACAUACGAGAGCACUAUUAUGAGAAGAUAGGAAUUGGGAGCAGUUACCUUUUCAGACUGGAUGAUGAUUAUGUGGUUGAUGCAACAAAACGUGGUGGUAUUGCCAGAUUCGUAAACCAUUCUUGUGAGCCAAAUUGCUAUACAAAAGUUAUAAGUGUUGAGGGUCAGAAAAAGAUCUUCAUAUAUGCUAAGCGGCAUAUUGCAGCUGGUGAAGAGAUAACUUACAACUACAAGUUUCCCUUGGAGGAAAAGAAGAUCCCGUGUAAUUGUGGUUCUAAGAGGUGUCGUGGCUCGAUGAAUUGAAAUGCAAAAGAGAUGCCAGAUCUGAUGUGUUAGGGGUCUGUUCUUGACCUGUGGUUUCCAAGGACACCCAUGCUGCAGUUUGCACAGAGUACGUCAUCGUGUACAUCUUGUAAGCAAUGGGUUUGCCCUUGCAACUCCUGGUCGGGCGGUACCAGAUGCAUACACGUACUUCCGGGUUUACGCAUUCUUGUGAAAAAAGGACGACGAGUGUGUGCCCCUUGCAUAUUUUCUUGUAGAUAUCACAGUUGCAGAUGAGUUCCUCCUCUUAAGAAUUCAAAAUCGGUUGUUCUUUUAUUAUGCAAUUUCAAGGCACUCUUUUGGAACUAUAUCUCGUGUACAGACAUACAUUACAAUAUACCUUCACAUUUCAAGUAUAAUAUAAUACCAUAUUUAAUU